CCUGUCUGGAAACUAUUCACCAUCACCCCUCCUUCACCAUUUUCUCUGAAACUCCGGGUUUUGUUCCUCUCUCUGGGUAACUGUUGUGCUGUUUUGUUUCUUCCCGUCCUUUACAGUAGUCUGACUCGUCAGAGGCGAAGGAGUUUUUAGUCUCUUUGGUUUGUCCAGAGCGGCUGUAGUCUACUGUCCUGAACAUUUCAGCGUCUCUGCUGAGAAGAGGAUAGACUACGCUUUUUUUUCUCCCCCUCUGAGCGGAUUUGGAGUGUGUGAGAGAGGGAGGGGAGUGUGCGAGCGUGCGUGUCAGCGAGAGACAGCGUGGGGAAAGGAUGGCUGCCUGCCUCUGAGCUGCGUCUGCGCUCACGGGUUAACUCACGUCAAUAAGGAACAAGAGACAAGCGAGGAGAGAACUUUUUGGAAAGAAGGAAAUUGCUUUGCUUUCUACGAGGUUUAAGAAAGGGAUUUGAACAAUGCCUGCUGAAGUGAAACAGGAGCAGAGCCCCAGUAACCAGACGUCUCUGGCCAUGAUGCAGGAGCCCCAGGAGAUGGUGGAGGAGACGGUCACCAUUGAGGAGGACCCUGGCACACCCACCUCCCACGUGUCUGUGGUCACCUCCGACGACGGCACCACGCGACGCACAGAAACCAAGGUGACGAAGAUGGUGAAGACGGUGACCACGCGGACGGUUCGACAGGUGCCCCUGGGCCCCGACGGCCUGCCCCUGCCCGAGGGCUCCUCCCCGCUGGGCAGCUACACAGACUCCAUCGACCGGCGCUACCUGAAGAACGGCGAGCGCUACAUCACCACGCCGCAGGCCACCUCCACGCUCACUCGCUCCUACAACAACUACAACGACUCCUACACCGACACGCUCCCCCCCGAUGCCGGCGGGAGCCAGUAUGGUGGGCGUCACUAUGGCCUCCACGACGGCUAUGGGAUUGGAGAUGUGACAGACAACUACGGCAGCCUGUCGCGUGGCGUCAACUUCCGGCCGCCCCGCUAUCCCUACGCCAUGGCUAACAGCUACCGGACGGAGAACAGCUACGGGACCUUACCCAUUCGGAAGGAUGACUACGGCCACGUGGCCCAGCCUCAGGUGCCCAUGGGCAGCAGCAGUGUGGACCUGAACCGGUCACAGCCAGAACGCUUCCAGCCAGAGCCCUACGGACUGGAGGACGACCGCCGCAGCCUGGGCCCUGAGGAGGAGGAGCCCUAUGACCUGGACCCUGACUACUCCACCGCCAGCCGGCGCCAAGGCACGCUGCCUGGCACCAACCGCGGCAGGACCGUGAGAGAGCCGCUCCGCGACGGGCCACGUGUCAGGGGGUACGAGGACCCCAUCGAGGCAGAGCUGGUUGACGAGCGACACCCCUACAUCCAUGGCAUGUACGCGGCCCCCCUGGCCCAGCCCGAGAGGGGGAGCAUGGCCAGCCUGGACCGCCUGGCUGGCCGCCGCUCGCCCUCCAUAGACAGCAUCCGCAAGGACCCGCGCUGGCGUGACCCUGACCUGCAAGAGGUCAUCGCCAUGCUGGGCCACCCUAUCGACCCGGUCAAGUCCAACGCCGCUGCCUACCUGCAGCACCUGUGCUACGAGAACGACAAGAUCAAGAAGGAUGUGCGCCAGCUGAAGGGCAUCCCUGUGCUGGCAGGGUUGCUGGACCACCCCAAGGCUGAGGUCCACCGCAAGGCCUGUGGAGCCCUGAGGAACAUCUCCUACGGCAAGGACCACGACAACAAGGUGGCCAUCAAGAACUGCGAUGGUAUCCCAGCCCUCAUCCGCCUGCUGAGGAAGACCAACGACAUGGAGGUCCGUGAGCUCAUCACAGGGACCCUGUGGAACCUGUCUUCCUAUGAGCCUCUGAAGAUGGUGAUUAUAAACCACGGGCUUCAGACUAUGACCAACGAGGUCAUCAUCCCCCACUCAGGCUGGGAGCACGAGCCCAACGAGGACUCCAAGCCCCGUGACGCAGAGUGGACCACCGUCUUCAAGAACACCUCUGGCUGUCUGAGGAACGUGAGUUCGGAUGGGGCCGAGGCGAGGCGCAGGCUGAGGGAGUGUGAGGGGCUGGUGGACGCUCUGCUCCACGCCCUGCAGUCAGCUGUGGGGAAGAAAGACAUGGACAACAAGUCUGUGGAGAACUGUGUGUGUAUCAUGAGGAACCUGUCCUACCACGUUCACAAGGAGAUCCCAGGGGCUGAGAAGUUCACAGACCCAUCAGUGCUGCAGGCCCCGGGCUCUGUGGGCCCUCAGAGGAAGAAGAAGGACGACGCAGGCUGCUUCGGAGGGAAGAAGGCCAAAGGCAGGAAAAACGGAGAGAAUGCCAAAAGCUACGACACGCUGGAUCUCCCCAAGCGCACUGAACCCACAAAAGGUUUUGAGCUGCUGUACCAGCCAGAGGUAGUGAGGCUGUACCUGUCUCUGCUCACUGAGAGCCAGAACUACAACACUCUGGAGGCUGCAGCAGGGGCCCUGCAGAACCUCAGUGCCGGACAGUGGACCUGGUCCAACUACAUACGAGCCACUGUGAGGAAGGAGAAGGGUCUUCCCAUCCUGGUGGAGCUGCUGCGUUCUGAUGCUGACAAGGUGGUCCGAGCCGUGGCCAUCGCCCUGCGUAACCUCUCCAUCGACCGCCGCAACAAAGACCUGAUCGGGAGCUAUGCCAUGAGGGACCUGGUGAGUAACCUGCCCAGUGGUCAGCAGCGGCCAGCCAAGAACCUGGAGGAAGAUACAGUGGUGGCCAUCCUCAACACCAUCCACGAGAUUGUGACGGACAGCUCCGAGAACGCACGCUCCCUCAUCCAGGCCCAGGCCAUCGAGAAACUGGUGGCCAUCAACAAGACAAGCCAAUCACCACGUGAGAACAAGGCUGCCUCCCACGUGCUGCAGACGGUGUGGAGCUACAAGGACCUGAGGAACACCCUGACCAAGGAAGGAUGGAAUAAGAGCCACUUCCAGCUUACAGCGAGCGGCGCCCCUAAAGCAGCCAAGAACGGCAAGCCAGGCUACGACGACACUACCCUGCCCCUGAUGGAGAAGAACCAAGGCACCAAGAAAAAUGGAAGUGGUGAUAUGAUACCUAUGGACGAGCUUGGUCCAGAUGGCUACUCCACCAUCGACCAGAGAGACAAGGACUGCAAGUACAAGAGCGGUGGAGACGGGUCAGUGGACCUGACAGAACGGGAGCCAUUGAAGGCUUAAAUAACAACAGCGCAACAUCUCAACUAGAUGAGGAUCUCCCAUGUCAUCACUGUCAUAACACAUGGAGUUUAUUUUGAUGUUGACUCGCCAGCAGAUAGACUUUGUAAAUGAAAGAGAGAGAAACAAAACAACAAAAGUGAUCAUCCAUCAGCCAAUGUUUCAAGCUUUUUGAAUCAGCAAAUGAAAUGUAUAGAACAGAAAAUCAAAAAAUGACUACUUCUACUACUACUCGUAUCUACAUUCCCACUGGAUGGACAAACAUAGUGUACACGAACAUGAGGACUGACUGGAGCAGCUCUGGUGUCAGGAUGGAAGAAUGGAGGCAGUUAUCCUCCUAGACAUACAAGUGAUCUAAAGCUCUAACUUUAUGGUUACUCUAAGGAUGGCUGCUGGUGGUGUGAGGCAGGAGAGAACGUUAUGUUUGUUGAUUCUACUGCUUGCAAAGGUGGAGGGAAAGGGGAAAGAGAAAAUUAACUAUUUAAUUUUCAUGUCAAAAUGAAGUUUGCUUCCGAAUGUUUAUUUCCAUGUAACAAUUUAGCUUUUUGUUUCCAUUUUAUUUUUGUUUGUCUUUCCUCGAGGCACUGUAAAUUGUAUUUGUUUGUAAUAUUGUUUUUCUUUAUCUGGUCUGUCUUUUUCAUUUUAGUUUGAAGAAGUGUGGACUGGUGUGGUAGAUGGCAGAUGAAUGUUGGUGUGGUUUUAAGUUGGGGACUUGAUGCUUGAGCGUCGCUUAAAGGAGCUGUAGCAGACUCCACAGAUACGCUUUUCACACGCGAAGGCUCUCAAACAUAUUUGGCAUACAAUGGUUCACUGUGUUUCUUUAAGUGCACUGGGAUCAUUGCUGUGCAACGCAUAGGGGACUGACUGGGUGCUGAUUCAGUUCAUAAACCCACAAGAAUUUCACACACCUGCAAGUGUUGAUUGGAGUUAGGGAAGUGAAAUUACAUGUACAUUUGGUUGGGUUACUUAUAGCUGUUGAGUAAAACAAAAUGAAAAUAUAUUUUCUGAAUCGAUAGUCGUGGUUGUUUGCUGAAGGUAUAUGAUUUACUCGGUUGGUUGCUAUUUGCCAUUGAUGUGUAAUAAAGUUGAAUAGGAUAUAAGACAUUUUGUUUAUAAAUGGAUUGCGUUUAUGAAGGAAGGGAGAGGAUUAUGUGAAGUACACUGAACAAAAAUUUAAACAAAACAUUCAACAAUUUCAAAGAUUUUGCUGAGUUACAGUUCAGAUAUGGAAAUCAGUCCAUUUAAAUUAAU